AAUACAGAAAGGUGACAAUUGUGUAUAUAUAUAUAUAGAUACGAAUUGCUCUCAACGGAAAUUAUUCGAGCGUUGGAUUGGAAGAAGGUAAUCAUUGUUUGAAUCUCGUGGAAAAUUUCGAUCUUCAUUUAUUAAUUAUAAUAUAUAUAUAUAUCUACAUUUCAAAUACAUUGAGUAUUGAAUGAAAAUAUUAUAUAUAUAUUACAAUUAAAUAUGUUUAAAUAUACUCAAACAAUGAGAUAAUAAACGAAGAAAAAGUCGAAGAAAGUGGUCUGUCUUUUCUAUCUCAAACAAGUAACAGUUGUAGUAACAGUUUGAAGAAAGAAAAUAAAAUGAGUUCCAGAAAGUCAACUUCGAAGAAAUCGUGUAGAAGUUUUGGUUCCCGGAAGCGGAGCGGCAGGUACCACUCCGAUAGCACGGAUAGUUCGACUUCUUACACCUCUUCCUCGGAGUCGACGCUUUCGGAGGAUUGCGAUUGUUCGGAAUGCGAUUGUUUCGAAUUCGAUAGCUCGCCCCGAAGGGCGAAACGAAGAACGAGCCGAAAGGGGAAACGGAACAACGGGAGACGAUCCUCCAACAAGUCGUCGAAAUCGUCCUGCGACAACAGAUCGUCGUACAAGUCUUCCAAAAAGAAAACUACUGGAAGAAGUAAAAGACGAUCGUCGUCCUCGUCGUGCUCAUCUUCCUCGGAUUCUUCGAGUUCGUACACAAGCGAUGGAGAAUAUUGCGGUUGCGGCACGUCUGACAGGCCACGUCAAAGAAGCAAAGCUUGAACGCGUUUCAACCAUUUGAACGACAAAGGAUCCAUACAGUCGAUAUAUAUAAUCUCUAUCUUUUUAUCUCAUGAUAACCAUUUUCGUUUCUUUUUUUACCAAUUUACAUACCUCGACCAUUUCUCUUUUAUAUUUUUAACUCGACUAUUAUUUAUUUUAUAUGUCGUUUUCAUUUGAUUUUACUAUUAUUUCAUUUUUAUCUAUUUUUAAGAAAAUUGGGGAAGCAAAAGUGUAAAAAAAAAAAUGUGAUGUUUUUAACAAAAGAAACGUUUAAAACAACACGUAGAAUGAAUAAAAAAAGAAUAUGUAACGGAAACAUGUAAUGUAAUAAAAGAAUAAAUAAGACCACUACUCGAAAGAA